CAGCAAAACGCACGUAUGGCCCUCGCGUAUUUACCACUCGCUAUUCUGAUAUCUUCAAAUUAUGUAGUGGGAGGGAACAAAUUAAAUGUAUCUAGUUCAUCUUCAACACCUACAGCAUCAAUUUUAGAUCCAAAGCGGAGAAAUGAUAUAGUUGGCAAAGCGUUUUCAGAACAAAAAGAUAUUCUACUAGAUAUGUUAGAAGCCAAGUUAAAAGAAGUGCGAGAUAAAAAGAAGAAAAAGACUGAUCAAGUUGAAAGUCGUAAUGACGCUACAGAAACAAAAUGUGAAUUGACGCCGAAUGAUGUAGAUCUUAAUUUAAAAGCAAAUGGAAUUAUAGCUGUUGGUGAAACUGAUGUACGGUUAAAAUUUGGAGAAUCUGGAAACAAUACAUUAAAAUUUAACGCUACGGGCAUUUCCAAUAUAGGAAAAACACAACUGAAAUUAGAUAUUGGUGACGGCAGUGUAUAUAUACCGGGGUUAAAUAAUUUAUUAAGAGGCUUUUCAGACCACAGAAAUCCGUGCGAUAAAAAAAUUAAAAUCAACAAUGAAAAUGAAACCAACAUUAAUGACAUCAAUUUAGAUGACGCAUCUCAGUUUAGAAGAAGCAUAGAGUUUAACAAUACGCCUUUACUUAAUGAUGUUAAUGAAACAUCAAAUACUGAAACAGCACCUAAUCCACAAAUAAUUAACGCUACUGAAGUCGGCUUAUUAGGUUCAGAUGAUCCGGCUACGGAAGCUGCGGAUGAGUAAAAUAUGAGUGAUUA